GUGAGAGUCAGUCGACUGCAUGAAAGUGGAUGGAGCCAGAGCAGCAAACACGCUGGGUCUUUUCACUGCCUGAACACUUGGUUUUGCUGAUGGGCUACAAUACAGACACAGCCAGACCCCUCUCUCUCUGCUCUCUCUGAAAUCCAGUUGGAGUUAUCACUAGCUGUCUUCUGCGAGACAAUAUUUAGCAUUGAAUUCUAUUCUCCUUUAAAUCAGAAGAAUCAAAUCCACAUUUCUGGAGACUUUUAUACAUUUUCUUUGGCUUUUGGGGAGAUUUUCUUGCAAGGAUUGCUUAUUAAAACACAUCCAUCCUCUCCGUCAAGUGGAAUUUAUAUUGAAGUGGCCACUGAUGCAAGCUGGAAAAAGUAACUAAAAAAAUGGCAUUCUUUAUGUCUAUAUAUAUUAAGCUAAAUUACCAUAUUUUCUGAAACCAAGGAGAAGCUAGAUGAAGACAGAAGCAAAUACAGUACAAGUGGGUUCUAGAAGAAAUGGUACCCUUGAAGAUUCAUGUAGUCCCUUGAGUGACCACAUAAAUGGAACUCGAUCCAAGUUCAGGAUGUCAGAAGAACUACCUGCCACUUAGAGUUCAUGGAGCAGAUGAUAUGAAUUUCAGAUUUUUCCCUGUACCAGGCAUGUACAGACUUGCACUUGUCAUCAGACUCGACAGAUACUGAAACAACCACAAGGGUGGCACAGACUCCCUCCAAUCCGCCGGCUUUGCAUGCACUCAGUGCUGGAGAGUUACUAUGCAGUUUGGACUGUUCACUGUGCUUGUCUUGAUCUUGAUGGAUAUUGCAGAAAGCAGCAAGGUUUUGAAGGGGAGGAGACACAGAAGAAGUACAGACGUAAGCCAAAGCUGCACCAAAGGCUGUGAGGCUUGUUCCGAGUUUAAUGGUUGUGUCAAGUGCUUACCUAAGCUUUUUAUCCUUUUGGAAAGAAAUGACAUACGACAAACUGGGGUCUGUUUGCAAUCCUGCCCUAAAGGCUACUAUGGUGAUCGGAAUCGGGAUAUUAGCAAGUGCAUGAGAUGCAAAAUGACUAACUGUGAGGAAUGCUUCAGCAAGACAUUUUGCACAAAUUGUAAUGAUGGUUUCUACUUACAUAAAGGAGUAUGUUACUCCACCUGUCCAGAUGGAUUUAUUGCAGCAAACGGCACAAAGGAAUGCAGCUCCGCACAAUGUGAAAUGAGUGAAUGGGGACCAUGGAGUCCAUGUACUCCUAAAGGAAAAAAAUGUGGAAGAAAAAAUGGAUUUGAAGAAAGAAGUAGGAAGGUUCUAAAGGCACCACUAGGAGGCGAAUCUCUCUGUCCACCUACUACAGAGAAGAGGAAAUGCACAAUGGCCACAAACCCAUGCCCUAAAGGAAAGAGCAGGAACAACAAUGGAAAAGGGAACAAGAACAAAAACCAAAACACGGGGAAAGGAAAUAAGAAGAAAAAAAAACAACAAAGAGUAACAUCAAUGCCCAUCACUCCUUCUGUCCCAACAAAGUAGCUGUCACUAUAGAGUCCAGCAACAAAAAGAGAAUAAUGCUGCUAUAUAUCUAAGACGCUUUCUUGAACUGGAGCACUGCUACAACAUAAGCACCUACACCAUUGGCGAAUGAUUGGCAAACUCUUACAGUUUAUACUGCCAUAAGCAUGGGACAAUUUUACCCAGGACUUCUGCAGAUGAAGAAAGGAUAAAGAGCUAUUUCUUGAUCAAUAUAGGAAAGAUGUGACUUUCUAGUCAUAAGAUAACACCUUGGAGCUGAUACUAAAGAUCAUUUCAACUCCGGUAGAAAGGCUGAAAGUGGUUUGGAGAAACAUUAAUGAACUGUGUGUCGCCUAGAGUAUUCCCCAUUGUUCCCCUCCCUCUCUUUAAGUCUGUGUUUUCAGAUGUUUGUAUGACUUAAUCUUUGGGGAGUGUAUGUUAAACAUUUGUGACCCAUGGUCGUGGUCAUCACUAUGGAACUACUUCAGAAAAAAACAAGACAAUUAAAGAAGCGGGCACACUUCUGAAGGAGGACGUUAAGGAGACAUAUCAAUGAGUAGGGGGCAGUGACAGUGAACUAAAGAAGUUUUAUUUUCAAAUGGAUUUCUAAGUGUUUUAUUGUUACAAAAAGAAGGUAAUUAAAUAAUAACAUAAGAAAAAAAAAGAGUGAUGGUAUGCGUUAACACACACAUAGUAGACAAUGAGUAUGAUCCUGCUAUUAGUUACAAGGCCAUACACAUUAGAAGAAUGUUGGCCGAACCCAACGAUUUUGACGGACCUGCUGAGCAUCUAAUGUGUAUGGGGGUUUCCUGACUCGUGCCAGCUAUCAGGGGAAAAAGGGGUCACGCAUACUGGACUUUAAUAAGCCCAAUCCUUUUAAACUUAAAGAGAAUCUGUCACCAAUUUUAUGAGGUUUCUAGCAGUAGCUUUUUGCCCUCUACCUCUUGAGAAUGCAUGCAACUAAGCUGAGCCCAGCAUGCAUGCACAUGGGGGAGUCGGAAAGAGCAGCUGACGCCUGUCAAAGGUACAUAACCAGCAUAUAGUAAGUCUCAGGAACUACUAUUUAAAAGGUCCUUUAGGAAUGUUCUCACACUUUGCUGACAAUGAAAUGAAUUAAAUUAAUUUGUGCCUCAAAAUAUCUACUUGCAAGCAAACACUGGACAGUAGUACAAUGGUGAAGAUCUUCUGCACCAAGGCAAGACCAUAAACUGAAUUUAGACAUCAAUCACCAAGAAAGAACAAUGCCUGAGUAAUCCUACUUUAGCUUUUGGGUUGUACAGUAACUGUCAUUGCUAUAGGUAGGUCUAUGAGAUGCUUGGGCCACAAUUAGAUAAUUAGAAACAUAGAAUGUGUCAGCAGAUAAUAACCAAACUAAGAAAUGAAGCUUUUUCAUGUCUUAGCAGAAACAUGGACUAAAAGCAAUUUGUCAACAUAAAAUUUACAGCACUACCUACUUAUCAAUGCAAUGCAUAUCAUAAUCAAAUGUUGACACUGAAGAUUUGCAUACCAUGACCAUAAGUGACAUAUAUAUUUUAAAAAAUAAAAUAUGAUACCCAUUUGGGAAAGGUUUAUCGAAGCUGUAAAGAAGAGAAAUAGAGGUUUCUCAUAGCAAGCAACAGAUUUAAUUUUUUUAGGCUCUUUGGUAUAUGAAAACAACAAUCAAAUGACCUGCUCUGGGCAUCUUCUCCACUUUUUAUCUAAACUAGAUUUGAUAAAUA